AGGAAAAUACGGCUCGUUCUGAUAUCCCAUUGGCUAAACUAAUAGAAGCAUGUAUGUUGCAAAUGUACAAACAUGACGAGCGCUUUGUCAGAAUGUCCAAAUAAAUAAUAACUAAUGGCCAAUGUGCGACCACAAUCCUGUUCUAGCCAAGCGUGCGGGACAAGCAACGACAAAGAGCUCGCGUUGUGGAUCGACGAAAGAUGUAUAUUACUGGAUUAGUUUAUUCGCUGUUAAGCUUGCUCUUGAUUAAAUCUACAGUUGGAUAUCCUGAUGGGGCGCCAGAACGCGCGUGCUUUUUCAUGAUACCCCGACAUACACACCCACAAUCCGGCAGACCAAUAUUCAAACAAAUGGGAGGAUCACCGUACAAUAUUACCGUCAGUUCGGUCACUUAUGCCCCUAAUAAACCUUUAAGGGUAACGAUAGGAGGGGCUCCGUUCAAGGGAUUUUUUCUGGUGGCCGGCGAGGAGGGCUCUAAGGACUGGCCCACGGGGCAGUGGUACACGGAGAAUGACGCCGCUCGCCCCAUGUUCUGCUCGGGUAACAAUGACGCCAUCACACACUCUAACUCGAGGUGGAAGGAUUCAAUAACUCUCCUGUGGUAUGGACCAACCCACUCCACAGCUGAUAUGAUACAGUUCAUUGGUACAGUAGUCACAAACAGGACCACGUACUGGACAGAAAUUAGGUCACCACGAAUCACCAUGGACAACGCUGCUCAAGAACAAGAAAAUGAGGCACAAGCCGAAUUUAAUCCCCUCACAGCCGCCAUGUCCAGUUUUGGAUCUCCUGGUCUGGACCCAUGGGGGUACCCAACGACCGACGCCUGGGGCUGGGGCGGUGGAUUGGGCGGAAAGAGCCGGGGACGGGGAAGAUCUAUGAAAAAACGUCCCGGUUCCUCCGGGGGAGAGGGAGCUGGGGCAGGCGAGACCGCGGCUGCGGGAGAAGGUGCCACACCCACCCCACGAAACCGGUGGGGGAAUUCUAGAAUGAAUUUCGGAAAAUCGAACUUUUUCAAUCCAUUUUCUUGGUUUUGGAGAAGGCGGAAAUGAGGAGAAUAUUUUGCAAAUGUUAGAGUGAACAAUUUAAAAAUUGCAAUCGUAUUUCCAAGAUCUUUGGUACGAGUGUUGAAAAAAUGGAUUAUUGUAAGACCUUGCUGUAUGGAAAUUAAUGUACCGAGAUAGAAGUGAAUCUAUGGGUGGUUGGGGGCAGCUUAGGUUCAAUGUCCAGAAGAACUAUUCUUAGCCUUUUCAAAAGAAAGAAGGAAAAAACACGUUCUUUUUCGAUCACGGAAAGGGCCGAGAAGUUACGAUUGUACAUAAACUAUUGAAGUUUCUGUAAUAUAACAUUACGUGCUUCUUCUUUAAAAGAAAAAGAAAAAGAAAGAUAUUAUUAUUAUUAUUUGUUGUUUACAUUGACGUCCAUUUAUGUACAUGCGCUCGAUUAAUAUAUUAAAAUUUGCUAGAUAAUAGACACAGAACAGAUAAUUUUCAACCAUUUUCUUUGAGCGAAAAAAGAAACCCUUUUGCCUCCAUAUCAACAGAGUAGAAUGAACACUUUUCCAUCUCAGAAGUCCAAUCUUGUAUUCAUAAAAUGUUUCUGGAGGUUAAUUUGCGGUCAGAUAUCCACUGUUAUGAAUUACAUUUUAUGUAGAAGAUGUGUUGCUGUUUGUUUUUAUUUAUCAUACCUGUCAUGAUGCAUGUUAGGAAUGAUGUAUAUCGCUAAUACCAAUACUGCUUUCUGAAGUACUAAGGAACCGCGCUCUGUGCUGUACAAGGAAAACUAAUUAAAAGAUUAAUAUAA